GAUAAUUCUAUCUGAACUUCUAUGUUUUCCAGCUAAGAAUAUAGAAAGCAUGAGACCAUAAUAAUAGUAACAGGCUUAUCUAGUGAAACAGGAACAGAAAGAAGCAUAUUAGUCUUCUACAUAAGAGCUCACAAUCUGACAUUUAUUGCUGAGCUAAAGGGAAUGUAUUGGCUUUCUAGAGAGGUGAUCAGAGGGGGAGGCUGUAAAAUCAGAGCAGAGGCAGGGGACCAUGACUGAUGGCACAGCAGAGCAGUUGCAUCCAAGAAAAUACUCUGCAGGGAGAAAUGACAUUUUGGACUUACAGGGUGACAGAAGGAUCUCCAUUGUGGCUGGACAUCCACAUAGAAGUCACCCCACUGGUGUGUGGGUGCUGCCUGAAUAUCCCCAAGAUGAGCAGGAAGAAGUGCAACGUUUUGUCUCACACCAAACUGUAGCAGGAGAGUUGCAAGAAAAUGAUGACAUCCUUUUUCGAUCCUUGGUUAUCCCCAAAUACAGUUUUCAACACAGAAAGAGGUACACACGACGUAGGAUGGCUCUGUUAAAGCUUUCGCUCAUGGCCUUCAGUUUCGUCUUUUGGAUUGCAGGUCUAGCUAUGCUCAUAGUGGGAAUAUGGGCAAAAAUCUCAUUGGAGCAAUAUUUGGUUUUGUCCACCAACAGUUAUCCAAACACACCACUCAUUUUACUGGUGAGUGGGGCUGCUGUACUGCUUUGGGGCUUUCUUGGCUGCUUCAGUGCUGCAGUAGAGAAGAGGUGUCUUCUACGCACCUAUGGGCUUUUCCAGCUGGCAGUGCUUUUGGCUGGGCUUGCUGCUGGACUCUCUGGCUUGUUCUACCGCAGGGAUAUUACAGAAGGUUUUCAGAGUGGCCUGAAGAACGCUGUUCUUUCCUAUGCAGAAGACGAGGAAAAGGCUGAUGCUUUGGAUGCUAUCCAAAAAAACCUACAUUGCUGUGGUGUCCAUAGUUAUCAUGACUGGUUUGAAUCAUCGUGGUCCUUGGAGCAACAAUAUGAUGACCUAAGACACAAAAACGGUUCAGUACCCAGCAGCUGCUGCCAGACACGGAAGGCAUGCCACAAUAUCCCAUUGCGUAUUGAAGUGUCAGGAAUCCACAGGGAAGGCUGUUUUAAGAAAGUCUGUGACUUUGUAAGCGACAACAUGUUUUACAUUGCCACUGUUGCUCUGGGGCUGGCAUUAAUACAAGUGAUAGGCAUUGUCUUAUCAUGUUUAUUAGCGAACAAUAUACCGCUUCAGCUUCCAGAAACAGUUCCAACCUGAGUUAUGCCAAUUUGGUUACCAUAUUUAUUAAUAAUGGUGCAAACAGUCACCUUUCUGGAAAUAAAUACAUUUUAAAAUUGA